AUGGAGACCAGCCCUAGCCAAAUUGGUGGAACGACUGCGGGCGAUGUUCAGGCUCUGCUCUCAAGAUAUGUCGGACAGCUUGUCAGAGGAUGUGAAAACGCAGAAUGUACCGCGACGCAGUGCUUUACUGGCCGUCUCAACACUACACCACGACCUAUCCGACGUCUCACAUCCCGAGCAGCUCGAGCUAUUGCCUUUGCCAUAUGUAGCGGGCCGAGGCCGAAGUCUUAUCUGUGCCCGUACUAUGACUGCGGCGGACAGGCACCAUCAGUGCAACCCGACGCUGAACUGGACGAUUCUUCUCUCGUGCAGCAGUUGAUAGAUACUCCCACUGUUCAGCAUUUUUAUGUGUCUUCCGACCCUACAUACGAGCCGCAAAAUGUCGAGUUCAAGCAGCUUCAGGAUUUCCAUCAAAAGCUUUACCCUUUACAUGAGCGAUCUGCCCACUUACCCGGAAGAGAGUUUGUCACCAACACCAUCCUCGCAGAUGUUCUCGGCCAUUGUCUUGACUGGCUUCUUAAAAAGGCUCCUUUGACGCGCCUGGCACCGUGGUAUUGGGUGGAUGCAGAGGUUAUCAGCCCGGGCAAUGCCUAUCCUCAAUUUUCGAGCAGCAAGCCCGCUGACAACAGCUACAACACCUGGUUGGCUAUCUUGGAUGUUCUGGAUCAUGCUCCGUACAUGAGGCUUUUGAGGAGCGUUUGCAACGUUGUCGCCAAACGAUGCGUGGUAGAGCACCUGGCCAAGCCAGACGGCUGGUGUGGUCCACGAGCAAAUAUCUGUACCAUGAUUGCGUCUCGUCUGGUGGUUGAAGAUGCCCCAGUGGAGAAAGGAGUUGCGCUCACUAUCUGGCUCAAGAAGCUGUUCGCUCAGCAGUGGAAUGCGAACCCGGUCAUUCAGAGCAAAACAUGUUACGCUAUACUGGAGCUUAUUCGUGGCCUACAUGAUGAGCUGGUCUCACUCUCGUAUACUCGGACAGAGAUCUUUGUCUUCCGACUCAUUACUUUGCACGUGAGUGUGACCGAAAUUUCGCAAGCAUGGGUGUCUCGUUCGGAGAAAGAUGCACCUCAUGUCUUAUCGUAUCGAUUUCUUUUCUCUGACGACCAKCUCUAUCUCAUAUUUCGGUCGAUCAAUCACCUGGUCAUGAGUCAGGCGCAUCGACUAGUCCUUCAAGCUAGGAGGGUUCGCGAGAAGGUGGCUGAAGUGGGUGCCCAGGAUCUCAAUGAACAACAAAUUCAAGAGGAGGAGAACUGUCUCCUCCUGAGUGUGAGUCGCAAUAACAUGCUGAAGGAUACAUUUGAUCAACUAUGGCACCGUCGCAAGGGCGAGCUACGUCGCCCUUUGCGCGUUCGGCUUGGUACGGUUGGCGAGCUGCAGGUCGGACAGGAUCUUGGAGGUGUUCAGAUGGAGUUCUUCAACUUGUUGUGCCGGCAACUGCUGGAUGAGCRGGCCGACAUGUUCACCACGGAGGCAAGGACCGGAUGCAGCUAUUUCAAAGCUGGCAGCUCGCAGCCACUGGUCUUCUUCAGACACUUUGGCACACUUUUGGCACUGGCUAUGUAUAACGGGAUAGCCCUUCCUAUCACCAUGCCCACGGCAUUCUACCACAUGCUGGUUGAAGGAGUGCCGCCGGAUGGCAGCGACCUUCACAUACUUGAGGACGGAUGGCCUGAAAUCGCAAAAUCGCUUCGAGGGCUGUCUGACGAAGACCUUGAAGGGCUCGACUUUACCUUUGAUAUGGAAGCGAACGGCCUGCACAUGUCUGUGCUAUCCCCACGACAGGACACUCCAGAGGGCGUUGUAUAUCCAUCUCAGAAGGGCUGCUUGGUGUCUCCAAUUCUUCAGGUCGUCGCUCAUCAUCCUGCCRAGUUCGAAGUGGACAACAUCAGCUGGGCCGGAUGGACUCUCCAAAAGACUCAAAUUGAUGCCGAAGAGGUAACAUCGGCCAACAAAAGCCGAUAUAUUCGAGAGAAGGCCUUCUGGUUUACUUACACAUCCGUGGCGCCUCAGCUUUUCGCAGUACUGGAGGGGUUUAGAUCGGCAGAUCUUUUCCCUCACCAUGCCCUGAAGCACUUGUUUACUGCCAGAACGCUCAAAGCAUAUACCGAAGGAACAGACCAUCUGGAUAUCAAACAGCUGCGGGCCACGACAACUUACACGGACUAUGAUGAUACCGAGGAUUAUAUUCAAUGUUUUUGGCGCGAGGUUGCGGGAUGKUCGCACACCAAGCAGAAGCAGUUGCUUAAAUUCGUCACCGCUGCGGAAAGGAUUCCCAUCAGUGGUACGGGCCAGCUUGUGUUCAAGAUAAGACGUGCGGAUAACCCUGACCUCCUACCUACCAGCCAUACGUGUUUUGGGAUGUUGGAUUUGCCUCGAUAUGAAUCUACGAAGGUUAUGUCGGAGAAGUUGAGCCUCGCCUUGCGAUAUGGAAGUGAGGGCUUUGGUAUGGGUUGA